GCUCGCUCACUCACAUUGUGUGUGCGCGCACGCCAGGAGCACGUUGGUUGCUUUUUUUCCUCUCAUCUCGCCUCAACUUUACGCCCAUUGAGCCGCGCUCUCGUUCUCUCUCGAGAACAAAACCCCCCGCGACCCCGACCCGGCUUCUUAUUAUUUGCUCCCCUCGCGACCAAACAUGUCGGCCUCGGCGGCAAAAGUGAGUAAAAAGGAGCUCAACUCGAACCACGACGGAGCGGACGAGACCUCCGAGAAAGAGCAGCAAGAAGCUAUCGAACACAUUGAUGAAGUUCAAAAUGAAAUCGACAGGUUGAACGAGCAGGCCAGUGAGGAGAUCCUGAAAGUAGAACAGAAGUACAACAAACUCCGCCAGCCGUUCUUUCAGAAGAGAUCGGAACUGAUCGCCAAAAUCCCCAACUUUUGGGUCACCACAUUUGUCAACCAUCCGCAAGUAUCUGCCCUACUGGGGGAAGAGGAUGAGGAGGCGCUUCACUACCUGAGCCGAGUGGAGGUGACAGAGUUUGAAGACAUAAAGUCAGGUUACAGAAUAGAUUUUUAUUUCGACGAGAACCCGUACUUUGAAAACAAAGUCCUUUCCAAAGAAUUCCACCUGAACGAGAGCGGCGACCCGUCUUCAAAGUCGACGGAAAUCAAAUGGAAAUCAGGAAAGGACCUGACCAAGCGCUCAAGCCAGACACAGAACAAAGCGGGCCGCAAGAGGCAACACGAAGAGCCAGAGAGCUUCUUCACCUGGUUCACUGACCACGCCGAUGCCGGUGCAGACGAGCUGGGCGAGGUCAUCAAGGAUGACAUCUGGCCCAACCCGCUGCAGUACUACCUGGUCCCCGACAUGGACGACGAGGAAGGCGAAGGUGAGGAGGACGAAGAGGACGAGGAAGGGCUGGAGGACAUCGAUGAGGAGGGCGACGAGGACGGAGAAGACGACGACGAUGACGACGGGGAAGACGGAGAGGACGACGAGGGCGAAGAUGACUGAGAAGCCCGGCCGCGCCCUCCUCGCCUUUCUAGUCCCCCAUUUGCUUUAUCACGUUUAGUCAUGUUCGGGAGCAAAGGUUUAUUUUUGCUGUUCAUUUUUUGUUUUUGUCGUUGUUUUAAGUCCAUGCGUGCGCUUCAUUUUUGACAUUCGGAAGCCUUCUCCUUCACCCGCGGGUUCCAUUUUCUCUCUCUAAAGAAAAGGCCGGCGGCACUUUUUCUCCCCCAAUUGUGAGUAUACGUACGUACACAGCCCCCGGGGUUCAUCUCUCCUUGCUCUCUUGUUAAAGAUAUUACAUAAUAAUAAAUAAUUGAGAAAAAAAUAGAAUCUCGUAGAAUUUGAAGAUACUUCCCACAGAUGUGCUCCUGUUUCCAGGUGUGGUGAGAAGAAGCCAUGGUGUAGUCACCUUAGCACUAGCAGACCUCAUCAUUAUCUUUUUUUAUUUUUGGAAGAUUUUUUUUUUCUUCCCCCAACAGCUCAUUCCUUUCAUGUUAAUUAAGAGGGAGGGGAAGCAUGUUGGCUACUAGUAUGGGAGGGAGGGUAAGUGGACCGGGGGGUGGGGGGUGCAACAGAGUGGUUAUUUUGACACCAUUUCUAUGGGACAUUUUUUUCGUUUGUUUUCAUUGUAUUGUUUUACAGAUAUCCAUGGAAUUUGAAAUGACAUUUUUAAUAAAGAACAAAAUGGGAAAAAAAAGCUUGUAAAUUUUGGCCCCCCGCCCAAUGCUCACUUCAUGGAUAUAAAAAAAAAAAUCCCGGCUUCACCUUCCUUUUUCCGCUCAACGGUGGGGAAAGAAACUGUUUGAGGUGUAAACUUACUUUUUGAUUCAAUAAUAAAAUGUUCAUGUGUA